AUGAGUUCAUCAAAGAAAAUUAGCUCUGAGAGACAACGUCUCGUCGAGGAAUUACACGCACCAGCAAGACGACAUUUUUCAAGAAGACAUGUUAUAAUCAAAGGUUUCGACGAUAUAUGGCAAGCUGAUAUCGUUAAAAUGCGUCCAUAUUCAAAUGUCAACAAAGGCCAUCAUUAUAUACUAACGGUCAUUGACGCGUUGAGCAAAUUUGCAUGGGCAGUAGCAAUGAAGAGCAAGAGCGGAAAAGAGACGGCUGACAUCAUCGCCGAGAUAAUUAAAAAAAGUGGAAGAUGUCUACGCAACUUGCAACCGGAUAUGGGCAAGGAGUUUUACAACGUUGAUGUGCAGAAACUUUUGAAAAAGCACAACAUUAAUCAUUAUUCCACGUAUUCGGUGAUGAAAGCAUUGAUAAAGCGUUUUAAUAGAACUUUGAAACAGAAAAUUUGGAAAAUAUUUACGUUGCAAAGAUCUUACAAGUGGGUCGACAAGCUACCGUGUUUGGUUUUAGAUUACAACCGCGCGUUGCAGUAUACGAUAAGCAUGCGACCCGUGGAUGUAACGUCAGAAUUGGCUAAAAAGCUCCUCGACAUGGUGUAUAGCCACGUUAAGAUUGCUGCGCCUGCGAAAUUCAAGGUUGGAGUUAAGCUACGCGUGAGCAAACAGAAGACAAUUUUUGAAAAAAACUAUACUUCAAAUUGA